UUUGGUCGUCUCGUGUUGGUUGAUACCUUUGCAGAUUCGACUCCUUUGAUAAGUGAAGAACAUCCAAUAAGGUGUUCAUCAUGACGACGUGUAAACCCAAUCAGAGCCUGAAGACCAUAAUAUUUAUAGCCAUCCUGUGCUUUUCGUGUGGAACAAUGAAGAGCCUGGGAACAAGUGCGGCUGGAAUUUUGCAUGCAAUAGAGUCCAUAUUUGGCCAAGAAGGGUCAUCAGGUUCUGGCAUGGCUAGUAGUGGCAGCUCACCAGGCGGAGGCAGCAGUGGAGCAGGGGGGAUUGGCUCCUCGCUUGGAACGGGCGCUGACGGAAGCCUCUCGGGUGCGCGGAGCUCUGGAACAGCGGGAAUGGGCCUUUUUCAUGGGUGCCUUGUGCGCAUGCGCACCGGAAGUGCUCUGACAGCGACACUAGCGGCGAGCGCCCGAAACAUUUUUGGUGACAUCCGGCAAAGAACGUACGUACGGGCUCUCCGUGUUGGCCGCGCUGCUCCUUGGCAGGCAGGAUCAUAGCUUUUAUUUUUUUGCGAUGCCACAGCGAUGUGCUGCCGUAGGCUGCAGUAAUGCCAGCGGAAAGCCUCCAAAUGUGCGAUUUUUUAGAUUUCCUGCCGCGACACUUCAGGCAACGAGACGAAAGAAAUGGGUGCAAGCAAUACAUCGCGUCAACGCCGACGGAUCGCCGUGGGAACCGACAGCGAACUCCCGCGUCUGCAGCAAUCACUUCGUAACAGGAGCGCCCUCCCGCUUUAUGCCCCACCCGGACUACGUACCAUCGGUUUUCAAGCACACGCCAAUGAGAUGCCCUGUGUCAAUCGCUCGCUUUGACAGAGUGAAGAAACGGCAAGCUUCAAGACUGGCAAAUGCAAGUGGCCAAGCCAGCAGCGGUGCAACCACAUCAGCUGUUGGACAGAGGACUCCACCGAGUGUAGCAGCAGGCCAAAAUAGGACACCACAAGAUUGUCAACCAGUUGCCGGGGCAUCUACUCCACCUCUUGGUCAAGGAACACCAUUAAGCAGAGCAGCAAGUGCAAUGUCAUUAGGCUCUACGACCUGUGAAGAUGGUGCAGUAUUGCAUAGUGUACCAGCUGAACACGAAAAGAGCUGCCAGACGGAUAAUUUCUCUCUAGAGCGUAUUAUGCUGCUUGAAAGCCAAUUAAGUGCAGAAAGAAAGAAGGUGCAAAAGCUAGAAGUACAGCUAAAAGCUGCUGAGGAACAGACAAUACAGUGGAAAGCACAUUACUACGAGCUGAAGGCUACAACACUGUGCCUCGAUAACAUGCAAGGUACUGAGCAUAUGUUGUAUUACACAGGAUUGCCUUCUGUGCAAGUGUUUUACGAUAUACUAAAUUUAGUUUUGAACAACAACCCUCGGUUUGCAAUAGACAUAAAGAGCAGGUCACUCACUGCUGCCGAGCAGAUGUAUGCAGUACUGGUUCGCUUAAGGACAGGUAUGGCCACACGAGAGAUUGCUCGCAAUUUUUUAAUUUCAAUGGCCUCAUUCAGUCGUAUAUUUUCAGAAUGGGUACUUAUAUUGCAGAAGGUUCUCACUGAAAUAACCAGCUUCCCCACACUUCCUGAAGUACAACAGCACAUGCCACUUCAUUUUAGACGGUACCCAAACACACGUAUAAUACUUGACACAACAGAAAUUCGUAUACAAAAGCCCUCAAGCUUAACUGCCCAAAGACGAACUUUCUCCCACUACAAGUUCGCAAACACAAUGAAAUGUGUUGUAGGUGCAACACCUGACUGCUAUGUUAGCUUUGUGUCGCCAUUAUAUGGGGGAAGUACCAGUGACAGAGCUAUUGUGCAACAGUCUGGAGUACUUGAUCUAUUCGAAUCAGGAGAUGGCAUCAUGGUUGACAAGGGAUUCAAGGUAGAUGACCUUCUGCCACGUGGUGUUGUCCUUCAUAUGCCUCCAUUUCGUAUUCCUGGAGAAGCGCAGAUGAGUGCCAAGGAUGUUGAAGCCACAAAGCAUGUUGCAAGUGCACGGGUGCACAUUGAAAGGGUCAUAAGAAGAAUCAAGGAGUUCCAUUUAUUGGACAGACCCUUACCUAUAAACAUGUUAGACAUAGCAGAUGCAAUUUUCACAACAUGUGCAUUUCUCUCAAACUUUAGGCGACCACUAAUAAAUAAUGGGAAGGAAGUGGAGACGGACACCAUGUAAUAGAACACGAAAGCAUGCGGUAUAUUUAUUUAUUUAUUUAUUUAUUUAUUUAUUUAUUUAUUGAUACUGUUGACCCUCGCUUGAGGGUCGUUACAGGGAGGGAAUACAAUGUACAACAAUGUACAAUUUUGCACAACAUACAAAAUUCAUAUAUCAUAAUCAUCAAGUUGGGUGCUCCUGACAAAAGAUGUCGAUAGAACGUUCGAACUUGUGCACGUCCGAUUGCUCGACAACUUCAACAGGCAAACCAUUCCAAAUUUCGAUCACAUCAGGAAAAAAUGAAAAACGAAAAGCAUCAACACGUGACUCGUAAGGCUUGAUGGAUCGUGUGUGGUUUGUUCUCGCGCUCCGUUUUCCCGGAGGCUGAAUAUAUCUAUUUGAUUUAAUCUUAAAGUGCCCUUGAAUUAUUUGAAAUAAAAGCUUUAGUCUUGAUUUUUUCCUUCGAUUUUCAAGUGACUCGAGCCCACAUGAGUUCAGCAUUUCCGUGACUGAAUCCCUUCUUCUGUAUCUUGACGAAAUAAAACGAGCGGCCAUUCUUUGAAUUCGCUCCAGUUUAUCUUUUAGGACUUUUUGGUGCGGGCUCCAGACAACACAAGCGUACUCCAAGGAUGGGCGGAUGAAUGUUUUGUAAGCUAUCAGCUUGACAUCUUUUGUUGCAUGUUCCAAUUUCUUCCGCAGAAAGUAAAGUUUUUGGGAAGCUGUCGAGCACACAUUAUUAAUAUGUUUAUGCCACUGCAGAUUAUGUGCAAUUGUAACACCUAAAUACUUGAAGGUAUCAACAUUUUUUAGAUUAUUUUUUCCAAUAUUAUAAGAAAAUAGCUGCACAGUCUUCUUAUUAGUUAUAUGCGUAAAAGUUGAUUUUGUGUAAUUAAUUUCCAUGUCCCAUUUUUCGCACCAAAGAUGCAAGGAAUGAAGGACACGGUUUAUUCUAAUUUGGUCGGUAGCUUGUGUUAUUCGAGAAUAAAUUAAACAGUCGUCUGCAAAAAGCUUCAAUUCUACGGGAGAUUCGGUAACCUCGUUAAUAUCAUUAAUAUAAAUUAGGAACAGUAAUGGAGCUAAAACCGAUCCUUGAGGAACGCCAGAAAGUACUUCUAGUGUAGAAGAAAAACAAUCAUCCACAUGCACAACCUGCCUGCGAUUGUUCAAAUAGGCUUUAAUCCACUUAAGAAUGGUUUCGCUAAUUCCUGCUCUGUAUAACUUGAAAAGUAAUUUACUGUGUGGAACCUUGUCAAAUGCUUUUGCAAAAUCUACGCAAAUGACAUCUAUUUGUUCUUGGGCAUCUAUGGCUGAACUAAAAUCAUGUAUCGUUUCUAUGAGCUGUGUUAUGGUAGAUAGCCCUCUUCGGAAUCCGUGCUGAUACUGAUAAAAGAACGCGUUAUCCUCGAGGAAAGUUAGUAUAUGUUUACUUAUGAUAUGUUCUAAUAGUUUACAGCUGAUACUUGUCAGGGAAAUUGGGCGAUAAUUAUUUGCGAGUAGUCGGUCGCCGUUUUUAAAAACAGGUGUUACGACUGCGCACCGCCAAUCUUGUGGCAACGAGUUAGUGUGUAGGGACUUUGUAAAGAUUAUUGUCAAGAAAAAUGAUAUCCACUCAGCGUAUCGCUUUAAAAACUGGGUUGGAAUCCCAUCCGGCCCGCUAGCCUUUUUUGAAUCCAAAAGUAACAAUUGAUUAAACACGCCGGCCUGAGUCACGACCAGGUCUUCCAUCGAACAUGAGAGGGAGGAAGGCGGGUACGCGUCAAAGUCGUCAUUGCUUGGUUUAGAAAAAACAGACUGGAAAAAGUUAUUGAAAUGAUCUGCUAUUUUUGUUUUUUCUGUUACUAUGUUGUCACUAAUUUGAAUUCUAUUUAUUUCCUCUUUGUUGCCACUAAGGUAAAGCCAAAACUUCCGAGGUGCCGUUUUAACGAAGCUACAUAGUUUUUUAUUAAAAAAUUGCUCUUUUGAUUCCAUCAGAGCCGUUUUUAAACUCUUUCGUAAUUUCGAUACCUCAGCUGAGCUGUCUUUUCUCCUGCGCAGCCUCUUUAUCUUGCGCUUGAUGUGUAUAAUAGGUCGAUUAAUCCAAGGGUUACGGGGUUUUAUUUUCUUUUGUCGAGUUGGAAUGAAUCUGUCAACGCAAUGUUUUAUGAUAUUCUUGAAACGUAGCCAUAGAUCUUCAACUGGUUCACAAUCGCAGGCAAGUUCGAAUUCACUAUAUGACAUUUCUAGAAAAUCUUGAAUGGAUGUGUCGUCUGCCUGCCUAUAAGCCUUAAAUUGCACAGGUACAAAGGGUUGGCCACGAGUGUUUGUUCUGAUCGGAAUGUGCACAGAAACCAUUUUAUGGUCAGAUAUCCCGUCUUUAACAGACACAGUAUAGUCACCCACUCUGCCCGAGAGAAACACCAAGUCCAAAAGUGACCGGGAUUCGAGUGUUACCCUCGUGUCUUCUUCCACGAUUUGUUUAAGAUUGUGCGAAAACAUUAUUUGCAGCAGUGCUUCGGAACUAGAAAUUUCAACGUUCCCAGGUAUCAGUCUGUCCCAGUUGAUGCUUGGCAAAUUAAAAUCUCCGGUCAUUAUUAGUCUGGUGGUACGGUUCAAGUGAGUGCAUAAGAACAUAUUAAGGUCAUCCAAAAACUCUGGUGAAGUGGCAGGCGGCCUAUACACUGCACCAACAAGGUAAGUAACACUCGCAUAAGUAAUUUUGCACCAAACUGUUUCAGGCAAAGUGCACUCGACCGUUACUGCAUCUAUAGAUCUUUUGACAAUGAUUGCAACACCCCCACCACGAGUAUCCCUGUCCCAUCUGAACAUCUGGUAAUUUGGGGGUACCAUACAGUGACUAGGCACACCGUUGUUUAGCCAUGUUUCGCUUACGACGAGUACGUGUGGACUUUCUGUCAGUAAUACAUAUUCUAAUUCGGUUACUUUGUUAAAAAGGCUACGAGCAUUCAAAGAUAAGAUUCGUAGCUAUGACGGGGUGAGUUCAGGCAUUGAUUCGCCGGAAUUAUCCGAGGUGUCAGAGCCAUCAUGCGAGUUGCCUGCUUUUCUAGUGCGUUGCUUGAACUUAUCUCGGGAGUUCAGGAGCGAGCGUGCGUUCUUCUCGUUGUCCCAUGUGUAUAACUUGUCAUUUAUUUUGAGCUUGUCGUCGAUCAAAAAGACUUUCUUGCCCUGCGCCCUUUCAGCAGAGGCACUUUCCCACAACUUCCUUCGCACCGCUACCGUUUCCUUUGCAUAAUCAUUGCUUACACUAACCGAUUGUCCUUUCAGUUUAUUGCAGUUCUUUAGCACUUGUUGCUUUUCUCUGCUGUCAUAAAAUUUCAUAAUAAUUGGCCUAGGUCGUUCUUUGUUCUUUUUCCCUAUACGAUGAAUUUUUUCGACGGUUUUUACUUCAACUCCCAGCGUAUCGUGAAAAAUUUUAUCUAUGACAGCUGCCUUUAACUCCGUCUCUGAAUCGCCGAUUUUUUCAGAAACACCAAAAACCAGCAGAUUGUUACGACGACUAUAGUUUUCAUAUUCAGUCAGUUUCCUGGCCUGUUGCUGAACUGUUACCUCAAGAUAUUCAAUUCUUUUGUUCAAUUCUUGUAUCACUGCCAAGGAAUCAGUCAGUCUAUCAGUCUUUUCAUUAAGUUGACCAAUAUCCUUGCUGAUAUUAGUCAACCGGCAGUCAGACGCGGCUUGAUUAUCAAUAAUCGUCUGUAACAGUUCAGCUGUCUUAGGCCCGGGGUUUUCUUUUAUGUCUCCCGACAUCAACAGCAUCAGCACGGACCAACAGUCAAUAGCAAUGCAAUGAAGCCUACCAGGGCACGGCAGGACAACUAAAAAUCUAUUGUCACUAUGGUAACAGCAGUCUGUGGAUGGGGAACCAACCUGCACAAACAGCAGCAGCGGGUGAGCCAUGCUGUUUCGGAGCACCUAAAAGGUGUCAUCAUGCACUAAAGUUUUAUGAUGCAAAGGAACGCACUAUGUGUGUGUCAGCCUUCUGAUAGUCAUCUUCAGAUGGUCCUCAUCACAAUGGUCAACUAGAUAAAACCCCACAGCAUACUUUUUGAAGGACACGUAGCCUGCACCUGUAGUGUAAAGAAAUCCAAGGCGUCGGAUACGUCGUGUCAUGAGUUCUGGAAUAAUAGCAGCCUUAUAGAAGUACACCAGGCCCUGAAGUAUGUCUUUCCAAAUUUCUGCGUCAAAAUAUAUACGUUCCACUGAUAUGCAGUCUUGCAGGUCAGCAUGAUCUGUGAAGACUACAAAGUCGCACCAUGGCUUCUUCGCGACUCCCAUCUGUCCUUGUACUUGGUAGUAAUAAUAAUGGUCUUUCUUCAGGGUGACCUCACCAUUAGUUACUGCCAAGUAAAAACCUUUGUCAGCGCAGGCGUCGACAACUCUUUGGCCAGCUUUCGAAGCGGGGCACUUCACUUCUAGAAGGCCAUCCUCACUGCCAUCUCUCACCAGGCGAUCGGGCGAUGCGGCGAUGAAAGAAUGCAAUUCAUGAAUAUGUAAUCCUGUUUCCAGGACAUCUAUAUUUUUGUCAUAUAGCUGCAUGAAUUCUAGAUAUUUUUGAACUGCUUUUGCUUCAUUUUGUAUUCCGUAGAGCCUGGGGUCACCACUCUUCAUUAUUUCUUUGCGAGGAUAAAGUAUUUCUUUAACAAGCCCUUCUGGCUUCAGGCAGUGCAGUAUUCUGCGGAACUUUGAAGCAGUUAGCUUCCCGGUUCUUUCUGUGAACCAUAGAGGGUUCUUAUCCUGGCCUACAGUCUUUGCACAGAUAUCUGCCCUCUCGGUAGCUGUGAGCGACACCUGCUCCUUGAAAUAUUCAUCGAUCAAUGUGAGGCACUUCUGCGAAUUCAUGUCCUCUGUGUCGUUGAUGGGGCUCGCAUUUCUCACUGGUGCUGGCCUCUCUGUGUAACGGUUCCACACCAGCUCAGGUGCAUGUGUUGCAAUCGCACUCCUGAACUUCAACAGCCCAGCCUGCCCAGCUGUUCUCAAAUGAGGAGGAAGUUGUCGCUUAGCCUUAACGGGCACCGUCUUGUUAAUCACAUGUUUCUUAAAUGUGAUGUCCACCAAGGGUUUGGUCAGCAAAUGGUUUUGUCCUGAAAAUAACAAAAUGCGGGGACUUGUAUACAGUUCAUACACAUGUUUUAUAAAGCUUACUGGCCAAGAUCUAUUUUGACAUUUGAUUACGCAUGCGGUUAUUUUGCACUAAUGAUGGACACUGCAAACUCCUGUGAAUCCGAUCAGCAUGCUAGCUCACCUCUUUUCAAAUACAGUGUUUCUCUAUCAGCAUGCUUACAUUCUACAUUAAGGUACCAUUACAAGGAAGAGUGUAGAUACCAGACCAAAGCUCCUUUUGAAGUCAUUUGUCACAUCGUCUUGUGUUCUACCACAUACGUCCCUCCUUAUUCUGUUCGCUGCAUUUUACCUGAUUAACUUGAACUGUGUUCUGAAUAAAAACAUUCACCUUA